GCUACCCUGCUGUAUCCUAAGCAAAGUCAACCAAGCCUAACUGGCUAGGUAUUCUUAAGACAGUCCGGGCGAGUGCUCAGAUUAAGCCGCGCUCUGUCUGGAUCUAUUAAGAAUAUUUAUUAACAUCAAUUCUGCGCCCCGGUGGACCACUUUGACGAUAUUUGCGCACCUUGGGGCAUCAGCGUGCUCGGAGUCUAUCACCAAGCUUUGAGAUGUCAAAAUAUGGCGUUUGGAUGCUGGAGUCUUUAGUGAUCAAGUACUGCGACAUCGGCGGGAGUUCGCGGGGCAUGCGGUUAUUCCUGGAUGAGGCGCUACCAGCUCUCCGGCAACAGAACCCACAGCUAGGAGUGCAGCAGGUGUUGCAACGAUUCCGGCACCCGAAGCUGGUGGCGGUAUACCGCAACGGCCGCACCAAGCCGGUGUGCGUCAAGAAUCUGGCGCCGGCAGAAAUCAUGGAGCACAUAGGCUGGCUGCGCAACAGCCACGGCCGCGGGCAGGAGUACCAAGUGGUCAGGAGCCGGCAUCUCAGCCGCAGCCCCAGCAUCCAGGGCACGUGGAGCGUGGACACGUUCGCGUCGCAGCUGGAGCGCGUGAACGAGGCGCGGCGGGCGCGCGAGGCGGCGCAGACGCAGUAUUGACGGGCUAGCGCGAUGAAGAGGAAGCUGCAGAAUGCAGCAUGGGACUGGGGGUACUGGGCAGCAGGCAGGGGGCGAUGUGUGGGAAUGAUGUGGCGCGUGGUCUGCACAUUCAGCGGUACGCAUGUCAGGGCAUGUGGCUGUAGCGUGCCACUGAGGCGAACGCAAGGGGCAGUGAUCAAGGCAGCCAAGUAGCAAAGAGCGGGACGGUAGCCAGGUAGAAACGUUUGGCAGAGAUGCGGCAUGCUUCAGGCUCAGGAUGUGAGGAAUACAGCAUGGUAGUUUCGACGUCUAGCUAGUACCGGUAUGCAGGGGUGACUGUACGCGGUGCACGGAUAAAGAGGCAGGGCAAGGGGCACAUCGAUGCGCCUGUGCGCGUUGUGUGUUGUGCUACAAUUUAGCAAGGGACAGAUGCAGAUAGUCGUUCAGUGCUGGGCUUGACAGGCAGGUGGUUUCUGGGGGCCUGGGGAUGGACUGGGCCCACAGGCUAGGUCCACGCAGGAAGUCACCCCUGCAGCAAAUCCUGAUUUGCGGGCCUGCGGGGGUUCUCCAGACUCCAGCUUCAUUUUUUUAUGCAGGUUGGCUGGUUCCACUAUAUGAGGCGGACUGAUAGUCGUGUGGCCUGUAUUGCUGUAACAUUGCGGAAUC